AUGCGAUCUGCCCUCGCCCUCCUUGCCGCCGGCCUCGCCGCCACGAGCUGCGCUUCGGCCAUUCCCGAGCUGGAGCCGCGCCAGUCGGCCAACCCUUUCGCCGGCCGUUCGCUCUACAUCAACCCCAACUAUAGCGCCUCCCUCGAGCAGACGCGCCUGGCCUUCGUCUCCCGCGGCGACACCGCCAACGCCAACAAGGUGCAGUAUGUGCAGAACCACGUCGGCACCUUCGUCUGGGUCGCCAAUAUCUACCUGCUCCGCCGGAUCGACGAGGCUAUCCAGAACGCCCGUGCCGCCCAGGCCCGUGGCGAGGGGCAGCAGAUCGUCGGCCUGGUCCUCUACAACCUGCCGGACCGCGACUGCAGCGCCGGCGAGUCGGCCGGUGAGCUGUCUCUAAACCAGAACGGCCUGAACCGGUACAGGUCGGAGUACGUGAACCCCUUCGCUGAGAAGCUGAAGGCGGCGUCCGACCUCCAGUUCGCCGUCGUGAUGGAGCCCGAUGCGCUCGGCAACAUGGUCACCGCGCAGAGCCAGCCGUUCUGCGCCAACGCCCGCAUUCCUCACCAGGACGGCAUUGCCUAUGCCAUCCAGCAGAUGCAGGCUAGCAACAUCCACCUUUACUUGGAUGUGUCUCACGGUGGAUGGCUUGGAUGGUCGGACAACCUCGGACCCAGUACGUCUUUACCCGCCGAUGAGGUCGGCAGGAUCCUGCAGAAGGCCGGCGGUAACAACCGCAUCCGUGGUUACUCGACCAACGUGUCGAACUACAACGCCUACAUGACCAACAACCCGCCUCCUUUCACCGAGGGCAACCCCUCCGCCGACGAGUCUCGCUAUGCGACUUCCCUCGGCGGCGCCCUGGCCCAGCGCGGCCUCCCCACCAAGUUCAUCGUCGACCAAGGCCGCGUCGCGAUCGACGGUGCCCGAGAGACCGGGGGCGAGUGGUGCAACGUCGAGGCCGGCUUCGGCCAACCCUUCAUCACGAACACCCAGAACUCCAACGUCGAUGCCGUCCUGUGGAUCAAGCCCGGCGGCGAGUCCGACGGACAGUGCGGCAUGCAGGGUGCGCCCAUCGCCGGCGCCUGGUUCGACGAGUACGCCCAGAUGCUCACAAGGAAUGCGCAUUCCGAUAUCGUGGGUGGCGGCCCUCCUCCUAGCAACCCGCCUCCUAGCAACCCGCCCCCCACCAACCCUCCUCCCACCAACCCUCCUCCUACCAACCCUCCCCCUACCAAUCCUCCUCCUUCCGGCAGCUGCUCGGCUAUGUGGGGUCAGUGCGGUGGCCAGGGCUGGAACGGCCCGACCUGCUGCUCGCAGGGCACCUGCAGUGAGCAGAACCCCUGGUACUCCCAGUGCAUCUAAGCCUCUAAAGUCUAAAGGGCUACGAAACUCGAGGGGCGAAAGAUGCCGGUUUUUUUCAAGAUGUAUAUGUGAACUGAGCAUCAGAAGGAUAUCUGUACAUAGCUGCAAAGAUGUCUGUCAUGACAUUGGAGAACAUAUGCAAUCUGAACUCAUUGCGGU